AUGGCUUCAUGUGACAGUAAAAACUCAUCUUGGAUUUCAGAUCUCGUUGGUGGAGGAAAACUACCCGUUCUGUGGUUGAAAGACGGAAAGCAUCACCUUUACGACAAAUACAAGGAAGAAUGUUGUAGGCGAGGUAGCAGACCAAUAAGUAGAACUAAAUUCUUGGAGGGAUUAAAUGCAGGUAAUUUCAAAGAAAUGGUAGAAAUGGCUGGCUUAUGCAACAUCUGUGACGAGGUGGGAGCGCGAAAUUUUGAAAGUUUGGACGCGCUGCUUUCCAGCUUAGACGAGGAGAUAAAAUUGCACAAGCCAAAACCAAGUUUGAUAGCAGAAACCCCCGAAGUUGACUGUGGCCGUGGAAUUGUAUCCCAAGUGGUGACAAUGGUUGACUUAUCAAACCAUGAAGACGACAAGCAGCAAAUCGACCCGCUGCCUUACGACUCUCCGAUUCUGAUGGUGGAAGUAGAACCUGGUCUAUCCGAUCUACCGUUGACACAGGCGCUCAGGAAGAGAUUGAAAGGUUUCAGAGGUCAUCUAUUAUCGGAAUUCCAACAAUCCCUAAGCAGUACGUCAAAUACUCCUUGCCACUGCAUGACCUGGUUGCUUGAAGCGGAACCCAAGUGCAAAGACCAUGAAGAAAUAUGCAACAAAUGCUUCGAGAGAUAUCUGUUAUUUGAAGAUAUUCAAGAAUGUGUCUACCAUAGCAACCUACCCAAAGAAAGAAAGGUCCACUACAAAGAAUUACUUGAUGGAAUUGAAUUAAAGUCACGAAUGUAUAUAGCUCAUCUC